AUGCACGAAAGCCAGUUGAAAUUAAUGGCCGCUGUGCGUCUCAUCCUUCAGCAAGAACUUCAACAAAACGGAUCAUCUUUGGAAGGUAAAAGAGAGGGUGGCUCACAUGUCAUUCCUGUCAGGCACGUGGAUGUUGAAUGUCGCAACUGGAAAAAAGAGUGGAAAGACUAUCUCUAUUUCCAGCAGUGUGAACAUGACGACCGCCACGACAUUGUUGCGCAGCUACUCGCAUGGGGAAACAUACAUGUAGGGAACCGACCCGCUGACAUUAUCGAAGACUACUACCACAUCGUCUGGGAGCCAAAUAAAUAUGUUCGAGAAUACACAGACACAUCCGUUUCCAUUCGCAUUCUCGACCCAGUACCCUCUACGUGGAGCGGAAUUCUGAAUCUCGAAGAGCCGGCAAAUAAUAGCAACCUGCGUUUUGGUUUUUACAUUGCUGAAGCGGGCUGCUGAUGAGGUGAACGACAAGGUCUACUGUGUUUAACAAAAGGUUGAAGUAGUCGAUGAACAUGAAGCCCAAAGAAGCAAAAAUUGUGGGUAGAGCAAAAAUGGUGCGUAUGAAAACUCGCAUGAUGUUGAAGAAUUUCGGUUACGCUUCGUGGUCUAAGUGUUGCUCAGAGGCAGUAGAAAGGGACUGCACUUUAUGGCAUAGUUGAAGCGUAGUCGUAAAUCGUAUUAGACUUCAAACUCGAACAAAUCGACUUCGAAUUCGAUAUUAUCCAUGUUAUUGUACUUGAUUCUUACAAGCUCCUGUUGAUACUUAGUUAGUUUUAAGAAAUGUGUAUUUGCUGGUAAAAAUCUCUCUUUCUUCGUUCGCGUUUCCGAGACCGAAACGCCUUCAAAGGCUUGCUGUGAAUUGCAGUGGCUUGAUGUUCAGUAUUGCUCUGAUCCGUAAAGUAGCGACAUAGGAGAUGUAGGAAAAAGAGUGGCUGGUGACACCCAAUUAAGAAUAUUUUUUUCAGUUUCUUUUCAUGGUUGUCGGUAGAUAAGGCCCGUGUCAGCGAAUAAUUCAAUACUGUUCAUCAUUGAUAGAUCCCAGACUUCAUGAAGUAGAUAAACACGCUUGCUUACCACGAUGUUCCUGCACGUUUCUCCUGUUCCCAAGCGCUUUGGAUCGUAGAUGGGGGUGCUAGUCUUAGUGAAGAAAACAGAGGAUCUGAAAACUCAAUUACUAAUAAGCCAGGCCGCUCAGGAG